AUAUGUAUAUAUAUACAUAUGUAUACACAGAUAUAAAAUGACGUGUAAUACGGAAAGUGAUUUUCUAUAUUAAUUGAAUUGAAAUGUCCAUGCAGGAAAAAGUGUAUAUGACACUGAUCACAAUUUAAUAACGUCAAAUUGUACUUUGAUCAGCAAAACUUUUGCCUGGACUUUAGCAUCUGUUAUUUGUUAUUCUGGAGUUCUGAAGAGUUAACGGUGUUCAUCGUUUUUAUAUUUAGUGAUAACUGAUAAAACAAGUGUCCUAUAUAAGUACUUUACAAUCCGGUCAUAUAUCAAAAUAUAUCUGGUUUGUAGAAAGUUCGUUUUCAAGAACGUUUUUAGUACAGUAUAAAGAAAGAAUUGCAAAAAUGUUUUCGCGAUCGAUACUAAAAACUGUAACAUGUCAAAAAUUGAUGCGACCAUUUUCAUCAAAAUCAGAACAUUCUACAGGAUAUAAUUUUGAGUUGACAGAUGUUCAAAAAGAAAUGCAAGAAUUAGCACGAAAGUUUACAAAAGAAGAAAUUAUCCCAGUUGCUGCUGAACAUGAUAGAACUGGAAAAUAUCCUUGGGAUAUUAUUAAAAAGGCAUGGAGUUUGGGACUUCUAAAUAAAGAGAUUCCGCAACAUUGUGGAGGAAUGGAACUUGGAUGUUUUACUGCAUGUUUAGUUGCUGAAGAAUUUGCUUAUGGUUGUACAGGAAUAUCAACGGCACUAGAAGGCUCAGGAUUAGGUCAAGCUCCAGUAAUUGCAGCUGGGACAAAGGAGCAACAGAAAAAAUAUCUUGGAAGACUUCUUGAAGAACCACUUGUGGCUGCUUAUUGUGUUACUGAACCUGGUGCUGGAUCAGAUGUAGCAGGUGUUAAAUUAAAAGCUGAAAAGAAAGGAAACGAAUGGGUUCUUAAUGGUACAAAAAUGUGGAUAACCAAUGGUGGUGUUGCUAACUGGUACUUUGUAUUAGCAAGAUCAAAUCCUGACCCACAAGCUCCAGCUGGUAAAGCUUUUACAGCUUUUAUUGUUGAACGAAAUAGUGAAGGCUUAACACCUGGCCGCAAGGAAAUUAACAUGGGUCAAAGAGCUUCCGAUACACGAAUGAUAACAUUUGAGGACGUACGUGUUCCAGAAGAAAAUGUUUUAGGCAAACCGGGCGAAGGUUUUAAAAUUGCAAUGCAAACUUUUGAUAAGACUCGACCAGCGGUAGCUUCCGCAUCUGUUGGUUUAGCUCAACGAGCACUGGAUGAAGCUACAAAAUACUCAUUGGAACGUAAAACGUUCAAUAAACCAAUAGCAGAUCAUCAAGCAAUAGCGUUUAUUUUAGCAGAUAUGAUGAUUGGCGUUGAGACAGCUAGACUUGCUUGGAUGAAGGCGGCUUGGGCAGCUGAUCGAAGACUUCCAACAGCAACAACACUUGCUAGUGUUGCAAAAUGUUAUGGUGGGGAUGUAGCUAACAAAUGUGCAACGGAUGCUGUACAGAUCUUUGGUGGUGCUGGAUUUAAUACUGAGUAUCCGGUAGAGAAACUGAUGCGAGAUGCAAAAAUUUAUCAAAUAUAUGAGGGUACAGCUCAAAUUCAAAGACUGAUUAUUUCUCGUUCUCUUCUCUCCGCGGCUAAACAAAGAAAUGCAUAACAGAUGUAUUAAUGUUAAUUAUGAGUACUGAAUUUUAUUGUCAAUUAUUAUAAAAGCUUUUCACUAUUGUUGCAAUGUAUUAACAU